GAAGUGCUCUUAAGCGGCUCUCGUUUGGCCCAACUUCACGACUGCUUGCCCUGACGCGACAGCAGUGGUCCCAGGCAGCCUUUAUGCGUGCAGAAGCUUCAUGUAGGCUCUAAACUGGCAGCUUUGUGCCCCAAUUUCGCCUGACCCGCUGGUCCCAGCCCUCGUUCCUCCCCACCAAAGCGCAUGUUCCAUUGCUGUGGCUUUGUAACAGAUGGUCCGGUGCAACGCUUUAACGUCAGCCCAGCGCCUUGUGCAUCAACAGUAAGCCCGGGCCCAGCACUUCCUUGUCCUGCGCUGGCCCCAGCAAUUAUUCCUGGGCAGCAUUUAUGUAUCAAAACACGCGGCUGUCACCUUAAAGGGUGCGCGUGAGCUGGCUGUCCUUCUGGGCAGAGAUAAAAGAGGUCUACCCCCGGAAACGCACAGCUGCCUCAGCAAGAAGCAUGUGCAAACCAGCAGUAGUCGUCUAGCUAUUGACAACUCAAUCAAGAGCACCCCCAAACCCAAACAACUGGAACCCCAGUUCCGGUUCCAAACAACAUGGGCCUGCAUUGCGCCUUAGAGGGCUUCGAGACUGCUAUUAAGAGGCCAGGUUCUUGCAUAGCUCUAAACAUUACCUGACAAGCACACACACACACACACACGGUUUAGGCAGCCACCACGCUGCUCAGCCUUACAACUCACCAGGACUUUUCUUUCUCGUGUUCUGACAGUCAACAUGGCUCGUAACCUUUCUCGUAUGGAGCCUCAGGCAAAUGACGAACGGCGGAUGGCAAAUGGGGUGGCCCGCCCGCGCGAGGACAUGUACCUGAUCAAGUACCACGCCCCCCAGAGGCCCCUGUUCGGCGAUAUCGACAUUCUGGGGCUGCACGGCACGGAAAUGCAUCGGGACUACGUGUUCCUGUGCUACCCAGCCGCCGACUUCGUGUGCAAGUUCCUCUGCACCGACCACGAGGUCGAUGUGCACCAGCGCAUGCCCGGCAAGCGCCGCCGUCUGGACACCGCCUUCCAAAUGGCCGCCGGGCCUAAGGAGCAGCACGCCUUCGCGCACGCCCUGAUGGACAAGAUGCGCAAGACGCCGGCGCCGCUGUCGCACCUGGUGGUGCAGCAGCUGCAGGAAGACCAGCAGCGGCUGCGGGAGAACGCGGAGGCCUGGGAGCUGGUGGCGGCGGCGCAGGCGGAGGAGCGCCUGGCGCGGCUGCGGGAGGAGGCGUGCCGGCGGCAGGCGGCGGAGAUGGCGGAGGCGGCGGCGGAGGCGGCGCGGCAGAAGCUAGCGCGCAAGGUGGAGUGGUGGCGCCAGAACGAACUGAGGCUGCAGACGGAGCUGGAGGUGGCGGCGGUGGCGGAGGCGGCGCGGCAGAAGGAGGCGCGCAAGGCGGAGUGGUGGCGCCAGAACGGCCACAAGCUGCAGGCAGAGCUGGAGGCGGCGGCGUGUGCCAGUGCCGCCACGGACACCAGCGCUAACAGCACCAGCGGCAGCAGCCGCAGCAGCAUUGUUGGCGACGGCUCUGCCGCCGCCGAUCUGUACGUGCCCGCCGCGGUGCUGCUGGAGGUGUCACAGGUGCAGGUGCAGGAGGUGGCGGAGGUGGAGGUGGAGGUGGAGGCCGCGGUGGCGCAGCAACCCAAGCGCAACCGGUCAAACCGCCGCCGCGGCGGCAAGAAGGUGCAGGAGCGCCGGGCACGCAGUCAGCAGAAGCAGCUGCUGCAGCAGCAGGAGCAGCAGCGGGCGCGGCGGCAGUAGCUGCAAGGGACGCUGCGGCAUGGGAUUUGGUUUCUCGCAAGGAGUUUACGAGGCACUCACAGGCCGGGAGUUGGGUAUGUUACUGCAUGGAAUUUGCUUGAGUUUUGUUGGUGUUGCACCCCCAGUGCGGCACACAACAACGCCGAGACGCACGCGCGUCGUGGCGGUUGGACACAGUACGGUAACCGGACAGCCACGUAGUGCAAGGCUGUACCGUGCGGGUGUGAGGAACUAUGCGUGGACUUGUGAUUGCGUGUAGGGGUGUGAGGUCAUCUUGUGUUACGGUGUCGCCAGCCGUUUGCACUUGUGCUGCAUGGUGUCAUGAGAUGGUGAGAGUGCGCAACGCCGUUCCAUCGUACCAAGUGCUGGGAAUGUGGAGCGAGAGCCAGCGCAGUUUGCGCACGUUGCAGUGAGGAGUUGAGGACACUGAGGACCUGCUGGCAAGGCCGCCUCGGUGCCCUGUGAAGGCAAAUGAUGGAUUUCUCUCCCCGGUCACAUCUCAGCUUCCUGUUCACCGUGUCUGGAGUACGCCACUAAUCCACUAUGCCUGUGAGCAGCAGUUGAACUCAGCGCAUGGGGCCUGACUUGUCUAGGCUGGAUGACCCCGGGGCUGCAUUCCGCUACAGCCGUAGGCCGCUGCCACGUGCCGCAGCCGCCAUUGACGGGAACGUGUGUUACUCGUCUCCCCGGGCCCCAUUCACG